AUGAUUGAAAUAAAAAUAGAAGAAGUUAGAAAUUCGAGUGAGGUAGAUCAUUGCGAAUGUUGUAAUUUGUUAAAUGAAAAAAGUGUAGAAUUAGUUGUUAUAAAAAAUAAAGAUUUAUAUAUUUAUAAAUAUAACAAUACAAAAUGUUAUUUAAUUUAUGAUACAAAAUUAAAUGGGCCAGUUCUUAAACUUGUUGUUUUAAAAAAUAUUUUUAAAAAUAAAAAUAAAUGCAUUAGUGGAAUUUUAUUAAUUUAUAAAAAUUUACAUUUUAUUAUUUAUAAAUAUGAAAGAAGUUUAAAUACCCUUGUUCCCGUUUUAAAACACCAUUUUAUCAAAGAUGUUAGAUUUCAAUCUCUUUUUUAUUCUUUUCCAAUUUCAAUAAAUUACACACAUAUUUAUGAGAAAAUAAAUGAAAAUAAUCACAAACAAAAAAUAAAAAUCGAGAAGAAUAAUAAACAUAAAAUUUUUAAACAAGGAAUUCGAAAAAAACUUAUAUUUCUUGAUAAAAAUAACCAAUUUUAUAUUAAAAAAAAAAAAAUAUAUAAUAAUAAAAUAAAUAUCGCUAGUAAAAAUAUAUUUAACAAUAAUAGUGGAAAACAUAAAAUUAAAAGUUUGCUUAAAAAUACAAACUUAUUAUCAUCAAAUCAUGAAAAUAAUAAUCAAAAUAUAAAUAAUUAUGAUUCAAUUAUUUUUAACGAAAAUAAAAAUAUAGACAAUAAUUUAUUGGAUAGUGAGUUUGCUAAUAUACAAAAUAUUUUAAAUUGUUAUUAUUUAAACUUUAAAAAAAAAAUUAAAUCAAAAAAAAAAAAUAACAACUUUUGUGAAUUUAAUAUUUCUUUUUCUUGUGAUUUUAAAACUAUUUAUACCAUUUUUUACACAACAAAAAAUAGAAAAAAUCAAAUCAAAAAAAAUAACAAUACAUUUCAAGAUCCAAAUACUUUAAAUAUUGACACAACAUACUUUUCCAGUUAUUUACAAACCGAAAGCAUCAAUCUUGUUAAUUUAGGAGAAGUAUAUAAACACUUUAUUUUUAUAAAAAAAAUAUUUUUCUAUACUGAUCAUGUCAACGUGUUCGUUCAAACUUCCCCGAUAAAUAUCGGGCACACCAAACUGGAGGAAUUAAAUCUCAAACUAUUGAUAAUAAAAAUUGGGAAAAACAAAUUUGAUAUAAUACAAGUAAUAAAAGGUUUUCCAAACGACACAAUUGAUAUUCAAAGAAUUGGAAAACUAGUUAUAUGUUUAUGCUACGAUUAUGUAUAUAUCUUAAAUUUAGAAAAUUAUAAAAAAGUUAUUUAUUUUUUUAAUAAAUCAUGCUAUAUGAAUAAUACUUUUCAAUUAAUAAAAAAUAAUUGUUUAUUCUAUGAUUAUACAUAUUUCAAUAUAACCUUUAAAAUAUCAAAUAUGUAUAUAGAAAAAAAUAAAAUUUUUAUUUUAAAUAAAAAAUCUAUAAUUGAAGGAACGAUAUCAAAAGAUAUAAAUGAUUUGAUUAAUUUAAUUACAUGGAAUAAAAUAUAUAAUUUUAAAUCAUAUUUAAGUUACACUUGUUUUUUUUCCAUAAAUCAAAAUUUUUAUUUUUUUUGUUGCUAUAAUGGAUUAUGCGGAUUAUCUAAUAUACAAUUAAUAAAAUUAUGUGGAAAUGUUAAUUUUUUAAAUGAUUAUACAAAAAAAUUAAAAAAUUUGAAAAAUAGAGAAAUAUAUAAAACAACACAAAAUAGAAAUGAAGAAAAUAAAAUAGAAAAUUCUUCUGAUUUAUUAUCAAAAGGAAUAAAUGAUCAAAAAAUAAGAAAAAGAAAAAGAAUUAAUUCAGAUUUUAUUGUAGAAAAAAAAAACAAAUAUAUAAUCGACGAUGUUAAUAGUAACACUAAAGAAAUAGACAAGAAAAAUGAAAAAAAAUUGAUUAAAAAUAAUUUAAAUAAUAAAAUAUGUGAACAAAAUGAAAUAAAAAAAAAUAAUAAAAUGAAAAAAUCACAUUCAUAUAAAAAGAAUAAUAUUUUUUUAUUUCAUCUACUUAAUUAUUUAAAUAAAAACACAAACAUAAAUGAAUACACAAAAGAAUUUAACAAUAGUAAAUAUAAUUUUUUAUUUAAGAAAUAUAAAAAAAAAAUUAAAAUUUUAGAAAAUAAAUAUUCUAGAAUAAAUACCAAUGGAUUAAUUGAAUAUUCAUCCCCUCUAUUUAUUUUGAAAAAGAAUAAAAAUAAAAAAAAUAAAGCAAACAAUAAUCAGAAUAUACAACAAAUCAAUUUAAAAAAAAAAAAAGAGAUACAUAUAAUUGAUAAUAUACAAUGUAAAGGAACUUUAAUAGACAUAUCUAAAUUGAGUUAUGAUUCUUGUCCUAUUUAUAAAAGUACAUAUAUGUGUCUUUUUGGAUGUAAACAAAAUAGCAUGUUGGAAAAAAUAUAUUUUCAAAUACCAUCUAUAAUAAAAACUAUUAUAUCUUUUAAAUCUUUUAAUAUAGAUAGUGUUUGUAUAUCUGAAAAUGAAAUAAAUAAAAAUGAAUUAAAUGAAAAACUUUAUUAUAAUUUUAAAUAUAUUCUUAUCAAUUUAGAAAAAAAUGGAAAUGAAAAUAUUAACUCAUUUUCUAGUGAUAGGGAAGGAAUACUAUUAUGCUUAGCAAAUUUGUCAAUUUUAAAAAAUAAAAAUUCAAAUAAAUAUUAUGAACAUUAUGAAGCUAAUAAAUUUAAAAGAAAUCUGUUAUUACGCGAAUGCUUAGAAAGAAUAUCCAAAAUAAAUGAAAGCGAUAAUAGAAAUGCAUCUGUGGAAAAAUGUGAAAAGGAUAAACUUGAAAAUAAUUUAACUUCUAGUAUCGAUAUUGAUAACUAUGAAAAUGUGAUCUAUGUUUUAAAAAAGGAUGGGGAAUACGCCAUUGAGGAAAAUAAAGGUGCCAUUUCGGUCAAUAAUAUCAAUUCAAUACACGAUUGUUUGAAUUUUUUUAAAAACUUUCCCUUAAUAUAUUUUAGUAUUAAAGAUGUGGAUAAUUAUGUAAAAAAAAUAUAUAUUACUCAUAUUUUAAGAGAAAAAGAAGAAAAUUAUAAUUGUAAUUCCAAUUCUAUAAUACACGAAAUUGAUAGCAUAAAAUAUAUUUUAACAAAAAGGUUUUGGAAUUUUUGCUUAAUUAAUAAUAAUAAUAAUAAAUGGAAUAAACAUAAAACAUCCUUAAAUCUAAAUGAAAAAUGUAUAUCAUUAUUAAAGUAUAAUAGAAUAUUAAUACAAACUUGUCAAAAUGAAAUAAAUAUAUUUUAUUAUAAUAAUACAUGUAUUUUAUUAAAAAAAAUUAUAUUAGAUGAUCAAAAAAAUAUAAUAUCAUGUAAAUUAAUAAAACAUUAUUUAAUUAUUUUAAACAAUUUUCAUGAAUGUUUAAUAUAUAAUAUUAAUGAUAACAUUCUUAAUUUAAUAUUAAAUCAGAUUGAACAAAUUAUUUCAAUAUUUAAUUUAUGUGUUUUACAUUGUUUAUUACAUGAUCAUAAUGAAGAAUCUGUUAAUAUUGUAAAUAUUGUUAAAUUUGUAGAUAUAGAAAAUAUAUUUUACAAAUAUUCCCAUGAAAUAUCCAAAAUAUUAAACACACAACCAUGUUCCAUGCUUUUAAAAUUUAUACAAAAAAAACAAACAACCCCAGACAACUUUCUUAUUCUGAAUAAUCAAAUAAACAAUAGUCAAUGUAUAUCUACAAUUGAAAAGAAUAAUAAACAAUUUUUAUGCUUUCUAAAUAAUAUAAAUAACAGCUUCAAUAUUUAUGAUUUUGAAAAUAAAAAAAUUAUAUUUGAAAGUAAUUGUUUGUUACAUGUUCCUAAAUAUAUAUAUAAGAACAAGAUGAAAAAAAACAAAAUGAAAUCAGAACAAAUAGAUACCGAAGAACAAACAAAAUUUUUAAACUUAUACAAAAAAGAAGAAAUUAUAAAUAUUCUAUUUUUUAAAUUAGAAAAAUAUUAUUUGUUAAUUAUAUUUUUGACCGGAAGGCCUAUUAUAAUAUAUAAAUCUUUUUCAUGUUCUAAAUUUUUUAGAAACUUAAAAUUAAAAAUAUUUAUUCACAAUUAUAUCAAGCCGAUUCCUAGUAAUAUUCAUUUUUUUAAUAAUUUAAACUUAAAUAAAAUUGUUUUCACAUCUAGACAUUUUGAUCCAAAUAAUAAUGGCUAUUAUAUAUAUGUUUGCAAAAAUGAUCAUAAUAAUUUAAGUAAAAAAAGACAAAAUAAUAAUUCAAAUUUUAAAAAAUGUAUUGUUGUUUAUCCAUAUAUAGAUCUUAUAAAAUUAAAAAUAAACGAAUUAAAUGAUGAGCAUCAGAAAAUAUAUUUUUAUCAAAAUGUUUUAAAGAAUUAUGAUACUAAUUUCCCAAUUUUAUUCUUUUCGAGUUAUAAAGGCAAGUUAUUUAUUCACAAUUUAGAUACAACUCAAAUGAACAAUACUACAUUUUAUAAUAAUUCUGUAGAAAAACACACAUAUAAUAAUGAUAAAAAUAAUGAACCGAAUAAAUUGGAAAAUAGUUUUGAAUAUAAUAAUAAUUAUGUUAGUUAUUCACACAAUGUUAAAGGUGUAAAGAAAAUAGAAAAAAAUUUAUUUUUAUCUUUUUCUAACAAUAAUUUUAAUAUAUUCAAUAUAGGGACUGAAAAAUAUAACUCAAUCGAAAUGAUAGGUCCACAUGAAAACAAAAUAAAUAAUAUGAAUACAUUUGGGUCAUUUUCAAAUAACUUAUAUUUAAAUAAAAAAAAUGUUUAUAUUGAUAAUAACAAUUCUCUGAUUUUUUUCAAACGUUCAAAUUUAAUUAAUCUCAAAUUUAAUGAUAACUUUAUUUCAAAAUUGUUUAUUUCAUAUCCAUAUAUAUCUAAGUUUGCUGUUUCUCAAAAUUAUUAUAUUUUAAAAAAAAAAAAUAAAAAUAAUACUUCGUGUAAACACACAGUUACAUUUGGAAAAGUUAUUUGUUUAGUAGUUCGGAUUAAAUAUGAUGAAUAUUAUAAUCUAAAAAAAAAUUUAAAAAAAAGAUUAAAUUUUCAAAAAGAUGAAUUAAAAAAUAAUAAUUUAUACGAAAAUGAAGAUGCUAUAUGUAUGCCAAACCCUCUAUUAAGUGAUUGUAUUAAUAAUCAAUACACACAUUUAAUUAAAAGUUUUAUAGAUGAUGAUAUUGAAACAACAAAUAACUUAAAUGAUGAAAAUAAAAAAAGAAAAAAUAACAAAUUAAUUCAAUCAAUAAAAACAAAAUCAAAAUAUUAUAAAUUGUUAUUAUUUCACGAAAAUAGUAAACAUAUUUAUGGAUAUUUUAUUUUUGAACAUAGCGAACAAAUACAUUCUAUAUCCUUUGGGCAAUUAAAUAAUACAGAAUAUAUAUAUAUAAGUACUAGUUUAAAUAUUAAUGAACGGAUAGAAACACAAGGAAAUAUAUAUAUUUUAGAUUUUAGCAAUAUAUUUACAUUAUAUGAUGCAAAUGCACCUAUUGAAAGUUUGUUUAUAAAUAAAAAAGAAUAUACGAAUUUAGAUUCUAUAGAUAAAAAUGAUGAAAAAAAAAUUAAAAACAAAAUUGAUAAUGCAAAAUUAAUAAUAUAUAUGAAAAAAACAUAUAAUAGCUCUGUUACACAUAUAUUACCAUUUUAUUUUUAUUCAGAAACAAAUAAAAAAAAAUAUAAAAAUAUUUCAAAUGAUGAACUAUUAAAUAAAUUUGAAAUAAAUUGGAAUAGUGAUAAAAAUGAAAAUAAAUGUAAUGAUGACAAUCAUUUAUAUUCUAGUUUAUUACAUUGUAUCAAUUCAAAAAUAUACAUUCAUGAAAUACAAAAUAAUGAUUUUAUUAAAGGGGCUUUUUUAGAUAAUAAUUUUUAUAUUAGUGAUAUUAAAAUUGUUCGAAAUUUUAUUAUAAUUUCAGAUUUAUAUAAAGGAAUAUUUAUAAAUAUGUAUAAUUAUGAGGAACAGUAUGAUAGUAGACGUAUAAUAUCUAUAUCAAAAAAUUUUUAUAAUAAUAAUUUAAAUAUUUUAACAUGUCAUUAUAUUAUUUAUAAUUCGAAUAUAUGCAUUAUUGCUAUGGAUGUAUACAAUAAUUUUUUUAUAUUUGGUCAUAAAAAUAAACAAGAUAUAGACAAUCUAUAUAUUUAUAAUUAUUUUAACUUUAAUAGAAGAAUUCUUAAAUUUAUAAAUGAAUUACAUGAAAAUAAACAUUCUAAUUCAGCAUUAUCUAUUUCAAAUGAUGGUUCUAUCCAUAUAUUUCAUCCAUUAAAUAAUAAAGCUUUUAUUUUUUUUAAACAAAUUUUUAAAAUUGUAAAAAAAUAUAUAUUUCCAAACCUCGCUUUAAAUAUAAACUCGGAUUUAAAACCUGAUAUUUUUAUCCAAUCUAUUAUCUUAAAUCUUCACAAAAAAACAAAUGCUCUAUUGGCAGGAAAUGCUAUUUUUUACGAUUUCCUUGGGCAAAUACCUUUUUAUUCUUCUGAAGUUUUGUAUGAAUUGUUUUCCAAAAGAUCAAAUUUGCUUAGUCAUAUUACAAUUGCGGAUUUCAUAAAUGAGCUAUAUUCGUUGAGCAAAAAUUAA